AUGCCAGACCACCAUGAUGGGCGUCGCAAGCUCGGGAAGCGAGCCUCUGCCGCUGUCUCGAGUGAUCAAGAGGGUCCACUAGCUCCUUGUGGUGCUUGUAAGUUCCUAAGGAGGAAGUGUACUAAUGGGUGUAUUUUUGCACCUCAUUUCGGGUCUGAUCAAGGUGCAGCGCGUUUUGCUGCUGUUCAUAAGGUGUUUGGUGCUAGUAAUGUGUCUAAGUUGUUGCUUCAUAUUCCUAUGAAUCGGAGGCAGGAUGCUGUUGUUACUAUAUUGUAUGAGGCUCAAGCUCGGCUUUCUGACCCGGUUUAUGGUUGCGUCUCUACUAUCCUUGCCUUGCAGCAACAGGUAGCAACCUUACAAGCAGAGUUAGCAAUGGUACAGAGCCAAGUAAUCAACAGCCGAUUGGCAAUGGCAAACGCUCUUCAAACCUCGCAACAACAACUAGGCAAUGGAUACGAAGUAAUGCAUCUUCCUCUUAACCACCAUGUCCAUCAUCAGCCUGCCUACUCGAACAAUUCGUCUGCUUCAAACAACCUCCUUAACAUGAAUACUAGUGCAACUACAACUGGCUAUGUUUCUUCUACUUAUAAUAAUGACUUUUCUGCUGUUGCUGAUGCUUCUACUGCUCCGUCUCCCCAUAGUCUUGACCUUCUACGACUGUCUAGGCCGUCGCAGGAUGAUGAUGAGGACGACGAACAGAUCAGCCGCAACCAUAUUGCCUUCGCCAACCACCUCAUUCAUUGA